AUGGCUACCUCAGCUUUAUCUCAACAGCCACAGCAAAUGAGCGUCCCUGUUCAGCCAAUACCUCAACCUUGGGGUGCAGCCGCUAUCGACGCUGCCUCUCACGGGGCUAUAGCAUUCUGUCAGGUAUACUAUGAAGCUUACGAUGAGCCUACGAGGAGGGACUUGGAAAUACCCCUCUUAUACCUGCCGAACUCAAAGAUUAUAUGGAAUGGCAACACCGUACCAUCCGAUAAACCCUCUUUGGCCGAGUUCCUAAAAGGUAUACCAUUGAGCAGACAUGAUUUACAAACUUUAGAUUGUCAUCCUGUAUCUGCCGAACCAAACACCCCACCAUCAUUAAUAAUCAACGUAACCGGAUCCGUCCUCCACGGACCCACCGUCCUCGCUCCACCAUCCUCCGCCCCAGAUAAUCGAAACAACAAUGCGAACGGGAAAGACGCAACGAGGGACAUGCCAAGGAAGUUCCAUGAGAUGUUCAUGUUGAAAGCUGUAGAGCAGAGUGAGGGGAUGCAACCUAAAUACGCUAUACAUAGUUCGAACUUCAGAUUUAUCGGUUAA